AUGUCACCUGUAAAUUAUCCACCAGGAGGCGGCAGUGGACAUACUGGUAAUGAAUAUGGUUACCAGCCGCCUUCUGACAACAACUUUUAUUAUAAUAAUGGACCAACAUCAAUUGGACGUCGUCCAACAACUUUAGGAAGAGCACCUACUCGUCGUAUUGCACCUGGUGCAAAUUCUAUAGCAAAUGCCAGUCAUAAUAUUCAACGAGGUCGUACACUGAUUCGUCCUGAUCGUUAUCAAGAACCACCUCCUCUUUUGACUGGUAAACCACAAACGAGUCAAAGUUUAUUUGAUCCCUGGGUCCUGUUUUCUCGUAUCGUCACUUUUUGGGCAUUACCGCCUAUGUUAAAAGCUUUCAAGAUGGGUGAUGCAGGUAUGCAGCAAGCCUGGAGAGAAAAAAUUACAUUAUGUUUUAUUAUUGCGUGUAUGGGUGGUUUUGUAGCUUUUAUUACAAUUGGGCUCAACUCUGUUUUAUGUCCACCAGAUCAAGCAAAUAACCAACAAAAUUACGCUUCUUAUAACGAUACAGUCAAUUCUCCAAAUUUAUUGGGUAUUUUAGGAUGGCAAUUCAAUAUUUCGGAAGCAAAACCUACAGGUGGCCUUGAUUUUUAUAAGUUAGCUGCUGUUCCUGGCACAGAUAUUACAAAUUAUUUUACACAUGGUAUGAAUAUCCCCGAAUGUAUCAAUCCUGGCAAUGAAAAGACAGCCACUUUUGCUGCAGUGACUCUGAAUCCCUGUUCAUCUAAUAUGGUACAAGGUAGCUGUCUUUAUGGUGAUACUUCCAUUUCUAAUCUUCAAGGUACUUAUGGCUUGGUCAAUACCAGUCGACAAGUAGGCUUUGAUUGGACUCAAUUCGCUACUCCAGAAUUAUCCUACUAUAUUGUGAUUGACGGAAAUGUGCUUAAUAUGGAACCUUAUAUGAAACAAUAUCCUAAUCCUAUAGAAUCGGACGAUCUUGAUCAUAUCAUUCGUGGAUUACUCAAUAAUUCAUUCGCCGAAGGUGGACGUGAUGGUACAAAAAUGUUUUAUAGAAGACGAGAGUUUCAGGCCUCUAUUCAUUGCCUUGUUCAGAAAUAUCGAGCUGGGCAUAUCGACAAGUCAACUACAGGUUGCUUCGUGUCCUCUAUUAUCCUUGCUUGUUCUUUAGCUGUUGUUUUAGCUAUCGUCUUGGCCCGUUUCUUGAUGGCUCUCAUCUUUUCUUGGUUUCUUUCUCGAAAAUUAUCUCGUACACCUUCUGCUUCACCUAGCUCUGCUAUGGGUACUGUAUUGAAAAAUCAAACAAUGGAAAUGUCAGAGAUUGGUAUGAUGCAAAAAGCGGAUUCAGGUAUAAUAAGUAAUAAACGUAUGGUUGAAGUUGGAAAUGAUCUCUAUACUGUUUUGUUGAUUACUUGUUAUUCGGAAAAUACGGAGGGUAUUAGAGCUACUGUUGAGUCCUUAUCUGUUACUGAUUAUCCUGAUGAUCGUAAAUUAUUAUUCUUAAUUGCUGACGGUAUCAUUACAGGUCAUGGUGAAACUGUUUCAACCCCAGACAUGUGUUUAUCUUUAAUUAAUUUCGAUGAUAGUAACCCAAGUAUGAAGGAACCUGAACCGAUGCCUUAUAUUGCUGUAGCUGUGGGUGCUAAACAAUUUAACUGUGCCAAAGUAUACGCCGGUCAUUAUAUUUGUAAAGGUCAUAAAGUGCCAAUGAUUCUAGUUGUCAAGUGUGGCAAUCCUGAUGAACAAGGAAAACCCAAGCCUGGCAAUCGUGGUAAACGAGAUUCACAACUUAUCUUAAUGAACUUCUUCAGUAGAGUGACAUAUAAUGAUCGUAUGACGCCCUUGGAUUAUGAUUUGUUUAGAAAAAUUCAAUACCUCAUGGGUGUCACUCCUGACUACUUUGAACUUGUACUCAUGGUUGACGCAGAUACUAAGGUCUAUCCAACCUCAAUGCGAUUAUUAGUCAAUUGUAUGGUAAAUGACAAUUUAAUCAUGGGCUUAUGUGGAGAAACAAAGAUUGCCAACAAACGAGAUUCAUGGGUUACAGCUAUUCAAGUCUAUGAAUAUUUUAUCUCUCAUCAUUUAGCAAAAGGCUUUGAAGCCGUCUUUGGUGGUGUCACUUGCUUACCAGGUUGUUUCUGUAUGUAUCGUCUUAAGGCUCGUAAAGGUGACGGUGAUUGGGUUCCAAUCAUUACAAAGCCUGAGAUUGUACAAGAAUAUUCUUCAAAUACCAUUGAUACCCUUCAUCAAAAAAAUUUAUUGUUACUUGGUGAAGAUCGUUUCUUAACUACACUCAUGCUUCGUAAUUUCCCUUUCCGUAAAAUGGUCUUUACCCCUCAGGCUAUCUGUAAGACUAUCGUACCUGAUGAAUUUAAAGUCUUGCUCUCACAGCGUCGUCGUUGGAUCAAUUCAACCAUUCAUAACUUGUUUGAGCUUGUGUUGGUUCGUAAUCUUUGUGGUACAUUCUGUUUCUCGAUGCAAUUUGUGGUCAUGAUGGAUUUGGUCGGUACUCUCACGUUGCCUGUCGCUAUUGUCUUGACUGUCGUCUUGAUCGUCUCUAUGGCUAAAUCAUCCAUCACUAGUCUUAGUUCCGCCUUGCCAUUAAUUUUAUUGAUCAUCGUUCUGUUUUCACCUGCUUUCUUAAUCUUGAUUACCACACGAAAAUGGGUCUAUUUGAUGUGGAUGAUUGUUUAUUUAUUUGCUUUACCUAUUUGGAAUUUCGUGUUACCCGUUUAUGCCUUUUGGCAUUUUGAUGAUUUCUCAUGGGGUGAAACACGUAAAGUAGAAGGCGAGACGAAAGAAGAUCAUUCAAAGAAAGAUGGUGUCUUUGAUCCUUCAAAGGUGCCAUUGAAGAGAUGGGAGGAUUACGAACGUAAACGGUUGAGAGCUAACAAGAGAAGAGAGCGCAAGGAGAGACAGAUGAGAGAGAUGGGUCCUAAUCAUCUAAUGCAUGCGAUGGUACCAUCGGAAGAAGAUGAAUCAAAAAGAUUAUUGGGAGAUGACGAUGAUUCAAUUUCUAACAUGUCAUAUCAAACAGACAUGUCACAGACUGCUACUCCAGCCCAUUAUUUUGAUCCAUCUAAAGAGGCACCUGCAAAGGCUGGAUCUGGAUAUUAUCCAACCUAUAGACCUCAAUCUAUGGCACCACAAUCAUCACCUAUACCUAGAAGCACUAUACCGUUACAACCUACUCCCACUGCUCCAGGCCCUUGGGGUCCACAACAAAACUAUGGAUCACCGCAUCAUCAACAACCUCCAUCAAUACCUCAACAGUAUACUCAUAUCGGUCCUAAUCCUCAGGGUCGAUAUCCUAAUAUGAGACCUAACAAUUUACCUCCUAAUCAAAAUUCUUUUAAUGGCUUUUAA